AUGUUUGAUUCUCUUAUACACUGUAACUCGUCUCUUAGUGAUAUAUCGAAAUACAACUAUCUAGUGAGUUUCUUACGAGGUCCUCCUUUAGCUUUGGUAUCUAGUACUCCACUUGCCAAUCAAAAUUAUAAUAUAGCAUAUCAAGCCUUAAAAAAUAAGUACGAUAAGAAACGUUUGAUUGCAAAAGCUCACUGGCAGGCUCUAGAAAAUAUUAAGCCCAUCUCUAACGAAAAUAAUCAUGAAGCUCUAAGAAAUAUGAUUGAUAUUUAUACUCGUUUAUCUAAAUUUUUCCUCCCCAUCCAAUUGUGUGGCAUCGGGAAAAAUAUUUCCAAAGGUUCUCACGGUGUUAGAUGCAACAUUAAACCUAUUGGAAAGUCUGAUCCGAUCUACUCCUUGGAGUUUAUUAUAUUAAACGAAAUUAGUGAUAAUUUACCGAUUAAUUCUCUUCCCGUUGAACAGUUCUCAAAGUUUUCUCAAUUGCCCUUAGCUGAUCCCAACUUUCACCUCUCUAAACCCGUAGAUAUACUUUUGGGUGCAGAUAUUUAUGGUUUCUUGAUAACAGGAAACAAACUCCUCUCAGAUCCAGAUCAACCCGUCGCUUUAGAAACUAUAUUUGGAUGGAUAAUUACAGGAAGAGUUAAAACAUCUAGUGUUUCACUCUCUGUAAACUCAUACUUUCUUACCUCUUAUGCUUCCUUGGAUCAAUCACUUCAAAGAUUCUGGGAGUUAGAGGACGUUCCACAAUCCUCGACGCUUUCUUCAGAUGAAAAGCUUGCCGAAGAACACUUUUGUAAAACAUUUUCACGCACUCUUUCUGGACGUUAUAAAGUAUCUUUACCAUUUAAAACUUUGGAACCGAUCUUUGAAGGUUCUAGAGAUGUCGCCCUUCGUAGAUUUUUCUCGCUCGAAAAACGAUUGCUUCGAAACCCCCAAUUGUAUUCUCAAUAUUCUAAUUACAUGCGUGAAUAUUUAGAUUCUCAAUAUAUGAUUGCCGUGCAAAAUCCUUCUCCCAACGCUCAUUCUUAUUAUCUGCCGCAUCAUUGCGUAAUCCGACCAGAUAGUCUCACGACCAAACUUAGAGUUGUUUUUGAUGCUUCCGCCCGAGAUUACACAAAUAAAUCUUUGAAUGACACUCUCUUAACUGGGCCAAAAUUACAGUCAGAUAUUUUAUCUAUUUUACUUCGAUUUAGAUCGCAUUUGAUUGUAUUUGCUAGCGAUAUUAAACAAAUGUUUUGUCAAAUUCUUGUUAAUGAAAAUCAUACUGAAUACCUCAAAAUUUUAUGGCGAUUUAACGCUAAUGAGCCCAUUCAAGAAUACAAACUUACUCGCGUUACUUUUGGUUUAAGCUGUAGCCCAUUUUUAGCCAUUCGAGUUAUAAAACAAAUUGCUUUAGAAAAUUUAGUAAAAUAUCCCGAAGCAUCAAAGAUUUUAGAUAUGGAUACGUAUGUCGAUGAUAUUAUAUCUGGUUGCGAUUCUCUUUCUCUUGCUAUAAAAAUUCAACGCGAUCUCAUUUCUAUACUGGAACACAGCGGUUUUGAACUUAGAAAAUGGACUUCGAAUAGCUCAGAUUUUCUUUCUCAGUUAUCUCCAAAUGAAUGCAAAAUGGAUUCUUCUCUCUCUUUAAAUAUAAAUUCUCUUUCUUCCUCUAAAGUUCUAGGACUAAACUGGAAUCCCUCUACAGAUGAAUUUUUCUUUGAUUCACCAGCGUUGUCCUUGACAAACAAAAUCUGUAACAAACGCAAUAUUCUUUCACAACUCGCAAGCAUAUUCGAUCCUUGUGGCAUGUUAGUUCCUCUCACUCUUCACCUAAAACUGAUUAUACAAGAUUUGUGGAAGUUAGGUAUAAAUUGGGAUGAUCCUGCUCCCAAUAACAUUGCUACAUCUUGGCAUCAACUCGUUCAAGAAUUACCUUGUAUUUUCUCUCUCAAAGUUCCUCGAUAUUUUCUCACUCUCAAAUAUUUAUCCCUGGAAGUACAUGGUUUUUGUGAUGCUAGUGAAAAAGGCUAUUGUGCAGUAAUUUAUUUUAGGAUAAUUCUUCCAGAUAACUCUGUAAAAACAAAUUUUGUCUGCGCUAAAGGCAAAGUAGCUCCACUCAAAAAAAUCUCAAUUCCAAGACUGGAACUCUGUGCAGCCUUACUUCUGACCAGGUUAAUUGAUUUCGUUAGAACUUCUCUUUCUAAUAAACUUACUAAUGUUAGUACGAUUGCAUGGUCCGACUCGAUGGUUGUUUUGCAUUGGCUUAAAAGUGAACCAUAUAAGUGGAACACCUUUGUAAGCAAUCGAGUUUCCCAAAUUCAAGAGAAAUUACCUCCUUCUUGUUGGCGUCAUGUAGUCUCCAAAGACAACCCCGCUGAUCCAGGUUCUCGUGGUCUUCAACCUAGCGAGUUACUCGACAAUGCCUUAUGGUGGGCGGGACCUCCAUGGCUAAGCCAACCGGAAUCUUAUUGGCCGCAAUCAAUUUUACUUUCCCUGAAAUUGAAGAAGAACAACGAAAAGUUAUAUUGA